CGUUCUCCAUGUUCUCUCCUCUUGCCAACUUUUUCAUUCAAAUUUCUCUUGAUCUGCGUUAUAUUUCUUCGUUAACAACCAAUCAGGGCAUAGUUAAACUAGUGCUUUGACUAGGUUUCACUGUUAUACUGGCAAACACAUUGCCCUUUUCUUCUGUUAAGAUAAUAAUUUAGCUGAGAUUGUGUGAUUAAUAUAAGUUUCUGUGAUGAACCCUUUUCUGGAAGAUGGAGACAAAGAAAAUGAGUUUAAAAUUUAUUUAGACUACAAUGCAACAACACCACUGGAACCAACAGUACUGACAGCCAUCCAUAACGCUUUGCAAGAUGCCUGGGGAAAUCCCAGCAGUUCUUACACAGCAGGAAAGAAAGCAGGUCACAUGAUCAAACAAGCCCGCUGCUCCAUGGCCAACAUGAUUGGUGGAUUAGAGAGUGACAUCAUCUUUACAUCAGGUGGUACAGAGGCAAAUAACAUGGUCAUUCAUUCUGCUUUAGAAUAUUUCCAUGAAUUUAACAAGGAAAGAGGGAAUUGUAAACCUGAUUUGAAACCUCAUGUAAUAACGUCAAAUCUGGAACAUGAUUCUAUUCAACUACCACUCCUACAUCUUGAAAAGCAGGGCAAAAUUGAGGUAACAUUUGUCCCUGCCUCACAAAACUCUGGUGCAGUAACUGCAGAAGCAAUAGUACAGGAGGUCAAACCAAGUACAUGCCUGGUGACUGUCAUGAUGGCUAACAAUGAAACAGGAGUGAUUCAGCCAAUUGCAGACAUUUCCAAAGCCAUUAGAAGCCUAACAAAGAGCCGUUUAUCUCAGAACAUCCCUAGGAUUCUUGUCCAUACAGAUGCAGCACAAACCAUUGGCAAAGUUAAAGUUGACGUGGAUGAGCUUGGAGUUGAUUACCUGACAGUUGUUGGACACAAAUUUUAUGGACCUCGCAUAGGGGCAUUGUAUGUGAGACAUCCACGAACAGACACUCCUCUACACCCCAUGUUUUUUGGAGGAGGUCAAGAGAGGAACUUUAGACCAGGAACAGAAAACACUGGUAUGAUAGCUGGAUUAGGAUGUGCCUCCCAGCUGGUGGUGGACAACUUGGAGAAAUAUCAUGACAACAUGAAAAUGGUGAGAGACCACCUAGAGUCCAGACUGAAGGAGACAUUUCAGAACAAAAUUCAAUUCAAUGGAAAAUUUGAGACUAGUGACCGAAUACCCAAUACGUGCAAUGUGUCAUUUAUUGGCUCCGGAUUAGAAGGUCGGAAAAUUCUCGCCACUGUUAAAACGUUUCAAGCCAGUGUCGGGGCUGCAUGUCACUCUGAUGUUGUUUCGCGUCCCUCUCAUAUCUUAACUGCCAUUGGAGUUCCUCACGACAUUGCAAUGAAUGCUCUGCGACUUAGUGUGGGAAGAAACACAACCAAGGAGGACAUUGAUGUUGUAGUGGAAGAUCUCAAGGUUGCUGUCAAGUGUCUCGAGCAAUGAUAAAUUAUGUUGUUUUAAUACAAAAUACUGAAAAAGAGAUUAUUUAUAGUCUAGGUAAAUAUCAUGACACGCCUAAAGUCUCACAGUCUUCUUGCUAAUUCAUAAAACAACUUUUGUGGAUACGCUAUACAUGGGUAUAAAACUAUAAUCAUGUUAAGAACUCACUGGAACUUAAAUGAACAGUGUUCUAAAAAUAUAAAAUUAAUCCUCAUUCAAUCGAUAGUUUUGAACAAAAUAACAAAAGCGCUGGUGGAUGGUGAAUAAAUCCAUUAAAUCCAUUUGUGACCUGAAUAGUUUUUGCUGAAGAAGGAGGUCAUGUUAAACCUUUUUAAUUUACUAAAGUAGCUUGUUUUUUUCCUCUUCGCUUUUCUUCGUUCCCAUGGCGUGUUACAACGACGGGUAUCUCUACUUUUUAAGGCAUGUAAUGCGUCCGUUGUCUUGCUAUGUAAACGGUAAUAUUUAUCCUAGAAAGAGUUCUAUGUGGUUAAUACUUACCCGAUGCUUAUCUCUCUACUCUUACUUGGUUUGUCCUUUGCCACAUCGUCAAAUGUCGCAGAGAGUGUGCGAAUUCUCGCGUACAACGGGGUUGGAAACACAUAAAAAGUAAAUGGGGAACUCGAAGGUUCUAUUGGCUGAUAGUUUCCCUUCGCAGCCCUCGAUAGGUUUUAGACAUAACUAACGAUCAACGAUCUAUCAAGUAGAAAUUUAUUUCUUCUUCAAAAACCUCAUGAAAACACAAAUUUGAAGCCACCACUCCACACGCCGUGCUUCCCUUAAAAAAGAUUUUAGCAUAUUAAAUAUGGAACGUACUUGGUAAUUGUGUGGAUUGUGUUGCUGACUAUGUGAUUUCAUGUCCUGUUAUGGAUCUCAAAGGCCAAAUAGAGCGAAAUUUCCAUCUGUUAGAUCAAUGCGAGUUUAUGAAGCAUCGCAGAGCCGACUUCAUUGAAGGUUGAAAAAAAAAACAAUGUAGACAACGUUAUCGAAACAGGAUUAGAGUAAAGAACGAAGAUCAACAAAAAACUAGUAAAAGUAAGAAAGAUUGA